GCUGCCCGGACUCUGCCCCGCUGCAGGGCCCCCGCCGGCCAUGGCUCCGCUCCGUUUCUCGGCCAACGUGUCGUGGCUGUUCCCUGAGCUCCCCGGGCUCCCCGCGCGGCUGCGGGCGGCCGGCAGCUCGGGCUUCGAGGCGGCCGAGGUGGCCUGGCCGUACGCGGAGCCGCCCGAGGCAGUGGCUCGCGCCGCGCGGGAAGCGGGGCUGCGGCUGGUGCUCAUCAACACGCCCCCCGGGGACCGAGAGAAAGGGGAGAUGGGGCUGGGGGCCGUCCCGGGGAGGCAGGCGGCCUUCCGCGAGGGGCUGGAGCAGGCAGUGCUGUACGCCCGGGCCCUGGGCUGCCCCAGGAUUCACCUGAUGGCUGGCCGAGUACCCCAGGGGGCUGACCGAGCAGCAGUCAGGAGUGAAAUGGAGACCGUGUUUCAGGAGAACCUGAGGCAUGCUGCUGGGGUUUUGGCUCAGGAGAACCUCGUGGGACUGCUGGAGCCCAUCAACACCCGCAUCACGGACCCCCAGUACUUCCUGGACACGCCCCAGCAGGCGGCAGCCAUCUUACAGAAGGUCGGAAGACCCAACCUCCAGCUGCAGAUGGACUUGUUCCACUGGCAGAUCAUGGAUGGGAACCUGACAGGAAACAUCCGGGAGUUCCUGCCCCUUGUGGGGCACGUGCAGGUGGCACAGGUCCCGGGCCGAGGGGAGCCUGACAGCCCUGGAGAGCUGAACUUCCCCUAUCUAUUCCAACUGCUGGAGGAUGAAGGCUACAAGGGCUAUGUGGGCUGCGAGUACCGGCCUCUAGGAGACACAGCAGAGGGCUUGAACUGGCUUCGUUCCUACUGGGAGAGGCGGGGCCGCCCACAGGCUGCCCAGUGAGGUCCUGUCCCAAGCGCACUUGUGGGACAGUGCACCCAGCAUCCUCAAUCUCUCGAAUUAAAGAGCUGCUGCUGAA